AUGGACCCCGCCAGCGGCUUCCUUCCGUCCGGCGCGGCGAACGGCACGGCCGCGGCCGGCGGCAGCGGGCAGCAGCAUCAGGCGCCGCCGCCGAUUCGCGAGCAGGACCGGCUGAUGCAGAUCGCGAACGUGAUCCGCAUCAUGCGGCGCGUGCUGCCGUCGCACGCCAAGAUCUCGGACGACGCCAAGGAGACGAUCCAGGAGUGCGUGUCCGAGUACAUCAGCUUCAUCACGGGGGAGGCCAACGAGCGGUGCCAGCGCGAGCAGCGCAAGACCAUCACCGCCGAGGACGUGCUCUGGGCCAUGAGCCGCCUCGGCUUCGACGACUACGUCGAGCCGCUCAGCGUCUACCUGCACCGCUACCGCGAGUUCGAGGGCGAGGCGCGGGGCGUCGUCGGCCUCGGCGUCCCGGGCGCCGCGCGCGGCGGCGACCACCACCACCACCCCAGCAUGGCGCUCAAGUCCCGCGCGCCCGGCGCCAUGUCGCCGCCGCACCACCACGACAUGCAGCUGCACGCCUCCAUGUACGGCGGGCCCCCCGCCAUGCCCCCGCCGCCGGGCGGCCCGCACCACGGCCACGGGUUCGUCGGCAUGCCGCACCACCAUGGCGGCGGCGGCGGCGGCGGCGGCGGCGGCCACCAGUCGUACCCGUACGAGGCCGCGUACGCCGGCGAGCACGCCAUGGCCGCGUACUACGGAUCCGCGGCCGCGUACGGCGCGCCCGGCAGCGGCAGCAGCGGCGGGAGCGCGUCGCGCACGCCGCAGGGCGGCAGCUUCGAGCACCAGCACCCCUUCGCGUCGUACAAGUAGUUUCUUCAUCAAUCAUUAGCAGUUCAAUCGUGUCCAGCGAGAAGUAACUUGUAUCCGUACGUGUUUGGCCACAUCGAUUUCUAGUUCUUACUACUACCACUUCGUAGCCCAGUGUUUGCUCUUAGUUAGUGUUAUCAUGGGGUGACGGUCG